AGUUAAGAGCACAUAAGUUUAAGAUCAGUAGUUAUAUGUUUAAAAUGAGAGUGUAAGUUAAUUUGAAAUUUGCACUAUUAGCAAUAAUUCAAUUUGAAAUGAAAUACUGGCAAGAAAUGGAGAGGAGUCUGAAGUCACCAUUUGUGUGAAAUAUUUCCAUUUGGGGCAUUAACCCAUGAAGAGGAAGAGCAAGGUUCAAAAAGCUACAGCACACGACACCUCUGUUGCUAUUGGCUCUUUCUGAAACACCUUCUUCUCCACCUCCUUUUUCCACCUCCUUUUAUUUCCCCAUUUGCAAGAGAAAUUUAAGUUCUAUCCAAAUCCUCACACUACUCCUGUGUCCCUGUUGGGAGGUAAGAGUACUGUACUCUAUCCCACACUUGGGCCACCAACAGGCAGUUUCCAAGGACGUGGAUUUUUCUUGUAGCUCCAAGGUUCAGAGCAAUACCUCGCUUUGAGAAGAAGACUACAUCCCCUUUACAGUGCCAAGGCAUCCAGCUGAGAGGAAAGUGUACAAGGAAAGCAAAGCAAUUGCUGAAGUGUGCCUUCUCCAUGCCCUUGGAAAAGAUGGAAGAACUGAAGCUGGACUGGGAUGUGAAACGAUUUGAAGUUGGUGAGGUGGAAGGGAUUCCUCUUACAAAGGAGAUCUGUGAAAAGUGGCAUAAAAUCUGGGCUUUCCAAGCCAAGCCUGAUGACCUGCUCAUAGCAACCUAUGCAAAGGCAGGUACAACAUGGACACAGGAGAUUGUAGACAUGAUCCAAUGUGACGGCGACAUUGAGAAAUGCCAGCGUGCUUCCACUUACGAUCGGCAACCUUUUAUCGAAUGGGUGCUGCACAAGAAUUGGCCCACUGGCUUGGAUAAAGCUGAAGCCAUGCCCUCACCAAGAACACUGAAAACUCAUCUUCCUGUACAACUGGUGCCUCCGUCGUUCUAGGAACAAAACUGUAAGGUCAUCUACGUGGCAAGAAAUGCCAAAGACAAUCUAGUGUCUUUUUAUCACUUCCACAGAAUGAAUCAAAUGAUGCCUGAGCCAGGAACAUGGGAGGAAUUUUUUCAGAAAUACAUGGAUGGAAAAGUGCUCUGGGGUUCCUGGUAUGAUCAUGUAAAAGGCUGGUGGGAGGCGAAAAAUAAGUACCGGAUUCUUUACCUCUUCUAUGAAGAUAUAAAAGAAAAUCCAAGGUGUGAAAUUCAGAAGAUCCUGAACUUCCUGGAGAAGGACCUGGAAAAGGAGGUUCUAGAUAAAAUAAUCCAUUACACACAAUUUGAAGUCAUGAAAAAUAAUCCCAUGGCAAACUACACCUUUUUGCCUCCAGAGAUCCUGGACCAUUCAAUCUCCCCAUUCAUGAGAAAAGGAACUGUUGGGGACUGGAAGAACCAUUUUACUGUGGCACAAAAUGAGAAAUUCGAUGCAGAGUAUAAAAAGAACAUGGCAGGAACUUCUCUGACUUUCCGCAUGGAACUUUAAGCAGGAACAGUGUAAACUCUAUUAUCGUCUUAGUACGUUACAUUAUUAAAAACACAACCUUAUAGAAUACACAUUUGCCUGAUUAAACUCGGUAUAGCUUAAUUCUGGGAAGACAUGCAUAGGAUUGCACUGCAAAAGUCUUAAUCCAUCACACUAUCUUGUACAAUU